GAGGUGGAGUUAAGAAAAAAAAAUCUAACUCGCCAUGAACGCGAGAGCUCUUCUCUACUCUCCGAACCUCCACUCUCUCUACACUUCAAAUCGUCCACCUGAAACCUCUCCUCGCACCCGCCAGACUCUAAAACCGGAUCCGAAUUCGUUACGGGUAUGGAUUUACCAGCGGAACAGGUCCAGCGUAUUCCGGGUGUUAGUUCGGAGCUCCGACAAGAGAGAGAGCAGUAACUCGUAUGCAGAGACUAUAAAAGAAGGUCGAGAUAUAGUGAAUCGAAACGGCGUCGUUUCUGAUUCGUUAAGCUCGGUGGUUCCAUGGUGGGAAGAGUUUCCGAAGCGGUGGGUGAUAGUGCUUCUCUGUUUCUCUGCUUUUCUUCUCUGCAAUAUGGAUAGAGUGAACAUGAGCAUAGCUAUACUUCCUAUGUCGGCUGAGUAUGGUUGGAAUCCGUCGACAGUUGGUCUGAUUCAGUCUUCCUUCUUUUGGGGUUACCUUCUCACUCAAAUAGCUGGUGGGAUAUGGGCGGACACGGUAGGUGGCAAAAUGGUACUUGGAUUCGGCGUAAUCUGGUGGUCAAUCGCUACAAUACUAACUCCUAUCGCAGCUAAACUCGGCCUCCCGUUCUUGCUCGUUGUUCGUGCUUUCAUGGGAGUUGGCGAGGGUGUUGCGAUGCCUGCUAUGAACAAUAUACUUUCCAAGUGGGUGCCUGUGCAAGAGAGAAGCAGAUCUCUCGCCCUUGUUUACAGUGGAAUGUACCUUGGAUCCGUCACCGGUUUAGCCUUUUCGCCUUUCUUGAUUCAUCAUUUCGGAUGGCCUUCCGUGUUUUACUCUUUUGGGUCUCUUGGAACUGUGUGGCUGACUCUCUGGCUAACUAAGGCAGAAAGUUCACCAGUUGAAGAUCUAACAUUGCUCCCUGAAGAAAGGAAGUUGAUUGCAGACAACUGUGCCAGCAAAGAGCCAGUGAAGUCGAUCCCGUGGAGGUUGAUAUUGUCUAAACCGCCGGUUUGGGCUCUCAUCGGCUGCCACUUUUGUCACAACUGGGGAACAUUCAUUCUCUUAACCUGGAUGCCAACUUAUUACCACCAAGUGUUGAAGUUCAACCUAAUGGAAUCAGGACUUCUCUCAGUAUUUCCAUGGAUGACUAUGGCCAUUUCUGCAAAUGCUGGUGGAUGGAUCGCUGAUACACUCGUUAGCCGAGGUUACUCCGUCACGAAUGUCCGCAAGAUAAUGCAAACAAUUGGGUUUCUUGGACCAGCCUUCUUUCUAACACAGCUGAAACACAUUGAUUCUCCUGCGAUGGCCGUUUUGUGCAUGGCUUGUAGCCAAGGGACUGAUGCGUUCUCGCAGUCUGGUUUGUACUCUAACCAUCAAGACAUUGCUCCAAGAUACUCUGGAGUGUUACUUGGUUUGUCUAACACAGCGGGAGUACUUGCCGGCGUUCUUGGCACAGCUGCCACUGGUCACAUCCUACAACACGGUUCUUGGGAUGACGUUUUCACGAUUUCGGUUGGUCUUUACCUAGUCGGAACCGUCGUUUGGAACCUGUUUUCAACCGGAGAGAAGAUCAUCGAUUGAUCCAUCCCCAGAAUAGUUGAUAAAUCAGUGAAUAGUUCAGCUCCAAGACCUCAUAUCAGAUGCAACAACGCCUCACCACCAGGUUCUAAAUAUACACAUACUGAAGUCUGGAUAUAUUUUUUUUUUGCCGGAAAAUUCUUCAGGAAGUUUCUGCUUGUCAAUUAGCCCAAACACUUGUGUAGAUUAAAAAUUUACAGAUGAUUUUUUGUACAUAAUCGGAGCACACACUUUCCAAGUUUCUCAUGAUCACUUAAACAAGUCUCUCUUCUACUCUUUAUAUAGAUAUAUUACAUGCAGUUCUGUAAAAUGCUAUUCCUUAGUCAACGAGCGACAAAGAAAUAGAGUCUUCGAGAUUAUGGGCAUAAGUAAAAGCUUAAGAUGUACAGACAUUGGUUGAACGUGAUCCUGUGAAGGAGGUCGAGGAGUUUAUGAACUGUAUGCAGUCUUCUAUAGCCUCUGAUCUACAGGUAUCAUUAGCCAUAGAGAUGACAGAAGGCUGAGAUCUUCCUGUGGAAGAAGCCUUCAAUGUUGGAGGUCUCUUCUUCUUAUUCCUCCUCAUCACCACCAAACGUAACCCUUUGACGAAUUUAUAGCUGAGAUGCUUGAUCAUUCUUGCUGUUGUGACUUCUGUUUUCCUUGGUAGCCUCAAGCCACAGCUCGUUGAGCAUCCCGGAUUCUUACCAUACGGUCCCUUGGCUGAGGAUUGCUUACCAGAAGUAGUUACUGGUCUAGUGUUAGCAUUGCACCGUUUUGUCCCUGUAGCCGACAUAUCCCAAGAGAGUGAGAGCAGUUUAGAGAACAGAGUUGAGGAGAGUGAGUGAUUAUAAAGAGUUUGAUGCUCAAAACAGUUGCCUAAUAGAGUUCAGGUAGAGACC